GAUAUCCAAGAGUAUUUGGAAGGAUGCAAGUUUCUUCCUAAGCUUAACAAUGAACUGCCCACCGAACGGAAUUCCACAUACAAGGAAAGAUUUAGUAGCUUACAGAAUUUGGUUCUGAUAAUGUUUGAACAUGACACAAUUUUGAUUCCCCCAGAGACAUCUUGGUUUGGGUAUUAUCCAGAUGGUGCCUUCAGUGCUGUUUUGCCUCCACAGCAGACGAUUCUAUACACGGAAGACUGGAUCGGUCUAAAAGCUCUGGAUGAUGCUGGACGAGUCAAAUUCAUCAGUGUCCAGGGGAACCAUCUUAGAAUCUCUGAGGAUGACAUAAAAAAAUACAUAGUUCCUUUCUUGGUGGAUGACAAACCAUCGAAACUUCUGCGACAGAAAUCUUCAGUUGACACUGGACUACUUGCCUUCACCAUGGAUCCUGGGAAAUAAAUCAAGAUGAGCAGCUGAAAGUACUAUACAGUCGUAGUAGUUGUUUUAAGGGUUACCGUGGUGAAAGCCUUUAGCUAUAUUAUAAAAAAUGCACUUGUAUUGCUUUCGCUUUCCAGUGCAAAGCGAUUGUAGAUAAUUAUUGUGGAGUAUGGGAUAUAUAUAUAUCAUUAUAUAGAUAAC